GCCACUUCCUUCACCCAGUCAGACUGCCACAGCUCCAUUCGUGUCGACUGCCCAGAGUCCGCGAAUACAGCCUUAAACCCAUAACCAUCAUCUCUUCCACGCCAGCCGUGCACAUACACACACGAGGAAGUACCACAAGCAAAGCAGCAUAUCUGCAGACAGUCCCAGCCAGCCACAUUCCAGCAGCCUCUCUUCCUCUGUUCAGACAUGUCGCUCUACAGUUUUGGCCUGGAGCCACUGUCCUGCCACGCCUGGAACAAAGACAAGACGCAGAUUGCAAUAAGCCCCAACAACAACGUGGUGACCAUCUACGAGAAGAAAGGCAAAGAGUGGAGUAAGAUCCACGAGCUGACCGAGCACAGUGGCCGGAUCACAGGGAUUGACUGGGCACCAGAGUCCAACCGCAUAGUCACAUGUGCCUCUGACCGGAAUGCCUAUGUUUGGACACUGAAGGACGGUAUGUGGAAGCCCACCCUGGUCCUGGUGCGGAUCAACAGGGCCGCCACCUGUGUGAAGUGGUCUCCGCUGGAGAACAAGUUCGCCCUGGGCAGCGGGGCUCGCAUCAUUUCUGUGUGCUACUUUGAGGAGGAGAACGACUGGUGGCUGAGUAAGCACAUCAAGAAGGCCAUCCGCUCCACGGUGCUGAGUCUGGACUGGCAUCCUAACAACAUCCUGCUGGCAGCCGGAUCUGCAGACCUCCACUGCAGGGUUUUCUCAGCCUACAUCAAGGACAUCGAGGACAAGCCCGGGCCCACUGCCUGGGGUGCAAAGAUGCCCUUUGGGGAGGUGCUCCUGGAGCAUAAGGACUGUGGAGGCUGGGUGCACAGCGUCUCCUUCUCCCCCAGUGGAGACCAGCUGGCCUGGGUGGCCCAUAACAGCAGCAUUACUGUGGCCGACGCCGCCCAGGGGAAGGAGGUAACCCAGCUGACCACAAACUAUCUGCCUCUCCUGAGCGUCCUGUAUGUCAACCCUACUGAGAUUGUGGCUGCGGGCCAUGACUGCUGUCCAUACCAGUUUACUUAUAAAGGCCCAGGUGCUCUGGAGUUUGUGAAGAAGCUGGACAUCCCCAAGCAGACCUCCAAGGGCAGCAUGUCGGCCAUGCAGCACUUCCGCAACCUGGAUAAGAGGGCCACUGAGGAGGACAGCAAUGAGCUGCCCACCCUGCACCAGAACAGCAUCACCCAGCUGUGUGUUGUGUCUGGGGAGAGAGCCAAAGUGGAGAAAUACAGCAGUGUGGGUCUGGAUGGAGCGAUGGUGAUCUGGGAAUUUAAGCACUGAGACUCAGGACAGAUCUGUGGAUCAACCAGUGCAUCUUCUUUGUCUGCAUCAGUGGUUUGUAUCGUGCCACUUCCAGUUAACCUGCAAACAGUGAAAAGAUGGACUCACUGAUACGCUGCUAUCAAGAGGAAGACCCUGUCAGGAUAUGUGCUUUGUGAUGUCCAUCAAUAAAUCAAUGCCCUUACAUAAAUAAAGAGGUUUCUUUCUACAGGUCAGA